AUGACAGACAAAAGCCCCUUCGAGACGGAUAUGCUGACACUCACGCGGUUUGUCAUGGAGAAGGGACGCCGCGUGAAGGGAGCGACGGGGGAGCUGACGCAGCUGCUCAACUCCAUGCUGACUGCCAUAAAGGCCAUUUCUGCUGCUGUCAGAAAGGCAGGCCUUGCCCACAUGUUUGGUAUAGCUGGCACUGUGAAUGUGACGGGUGAUGAGGUGAAGAAACUGGAUGUGUUAUCCAACUCCCUGGUGAUUAACAUGCUCCAGUCCUCCUACAGUACCUGUGUCCUGGUCACAGAGGAGAACAAGGAGGCCAUCAUCACCCCGAAAGACAAGCGGGGUAAAUAUGUGGUGUGCUUUGACCCCCUUGAUGGUUCAUCCAAUAUAGACUGCUUGGCACCAAUAGGAACAAUAUUUGCUAUCUACAAAAAGGAAACAGAUGAUGAGCCCUCUGAAAAAGAUGCUUUACAGCCUGGACGCAAUAUUGUUGCUGCAGGCUAUGCCCUGUAUGGUAGUGCUACGCUGGUUGCCCUCUCCACAGGGCAAGGAGUGGACUGCUUCAUGCUUGAUCCGGGCCUUGGUGAAUUUAUUUUGGUGGACAGAGAUGUUAAAAUCAAGAAGAAGGGGAAGGUAUACAGUCUCAAUGAAGGUUAUGCAAAAUAUUUUGAUCCUGCAAUGACAGAAUAUUUGCAAAAGAAGAAAUUCCCUGAGGAUGGCAGUUCCCCAUAUGGUGCCAGGUAUGUGGGCUCCAUGGUAGCUGAUGUUCACCGUACAUUGAUGUACGGUGGGAUCUUCAUGUAUCCUGCUAAUCAGAAGAGUCCUAAAGGAAAGCUCCGACUUCUCUAUGAAUGCAACCCUAUGGCUUUCAUCAUCGAGCAGGCAGGUGGCAUAGCAACUACAGGGACCGAAGCAGUGUUGGACGUGAAGCCUGAGAAUAUUCACCAGAGAGUUCCUUUUAUCCUUGGCUCUCCAGAUGAUGUGCAAGAAUACCUUGCUUGUGUACAGAAACACCAGAAGAGCACAUAA